AACAAUUAUUUUGAAAUUUGUGGGGAAGGAUUUUUAGAUCGGACUCGGUUGUUGAUCAUAAUUUUCAGGAUAUAAAUUGCCUUGCAGGUGGAGGGAUGAGUCUCUCCCCUGUGAUUGGCACAGAAGUGCCAGAAACAGCAAAUGGAGUUAUGACACCUGUAGCGUCAGAGAACGGCCCUCGUGUUCCAGUCUCGUUGAAAUGUGGGGGGAGCAGAUUACCUUGUCCAGGGGAGUCAUCAGAGGAUGGGUCCCUCAGACAUACAGAGAACCAUUUAGAUAGGGAAAACAGAAUUUACGAUGGUGAAGAUCACUUAGAGAUAGAGAUAGACAUAAAUGAGAGAACGUCAGCUUUAUCAUUACACACGUCUUGGGUGACAGACCCGUCCCAGCCUGCCGCCACAUACACAGGAGCCUCAGAAUCAGGAUCCAUAGUCAGAGACAUUCCUGAGGCCUCUAGCAUUGUCGAGUCUCCAGAUGCAGCACCGCUUGAAGACUCUGCACACACCAAAGAUUCUUCUCAACAAAGAGGCCCUGCUGGCACAGACAGACGGCAGCUAGAGGCAGAGAAUGUAGAUGGAGGCACUGAAGGCCACGAUGAGGCAGACGAUGGAGAGAAGGAGAAACAGGAUGAGGAGGAAGAUGAGAAGAAUAAAAGCAAGUGGAAGAAUCAGUAUACAGGAGGGAGAACAGAGGUGGAGUCUUCACAACAUUACUCAUCCUCGGCCCCUGGUCCUAGCACCUCUCCCUUUUCCUCUCCCCCACUUCCUAUUCUUGCCUCAGAUGAUGCCCCCUGCCCUCCUCACGUCAUGGCCCAGGUCUGGGUCCGCAAUGUCCGGGGGAUGCAGGACAGCAAGAGUCUCGAUGAAAUCAGCCAAGCAUGUGGAGGCGGUUCAGGCGCCCGAGGAGGCGGCAGAAGUAGCCAGUCAGAGGGCCGACGGGCCACAAUCUCCUCAGCUCUUGAGCUAGAGGGGACUGUCAGCCGUGAUGGAGACCUGACUCACUUCAUCACCAAGAACCUGGAGCAGAAGAUCAAGAUGAGCUCCAAGCCCAGUUUGGACUGCAGUGACUCGGACUGUUCAGGUCCCAUAUAUCGAAGCCGAGGGCUGUCACGGAGGCCGGCAGAUAUCCCGCCCAUUGAUCCUGCUGUCCUAGUGGAUCUUCAGAGACACACCCAGGAAGUGGCGCACAGUGUGGAGAUGAUGAUGCGGAGCCUCAACGGAACCAUCCAGAACAUGACAGCUCUGAGUGUGGGCUACAUCCAGACCUACAGAGACUCAGUUGACAGCCUGGGAGAGUCUGUGGACAUGAGUAUAAAGGGCAUGUACACACUGAUGGCUCGCUGUGAGGAGUUGGAUCGUUCCAUGCAGCCCAUACACACCCUGGCUGCACAGAUUCGUGACAUCAAACGCACCCUGGAUGCUCUGGAGGCAAUUUGCAAGUAACCCCAUCUUCCUGGUCCAAAAGCACAUCCCAGCUGCAAAGAUCCAACAUCAAGUAACUUGCAGGUAGCGCACACACACACUGCAGUGAGGAUUACGUGCUCCCUGGAGUCCUGGAAAUAUUGCUACUAGGCAUGCUGGAUGAUUACUGCUCAUAGUACCCCCACAUUUUCAUUGUCUGAAGGUGACCAUGUUUGUGAGAUUUUAAAUGAAUUGGGCUUGAUUUGCUCAUGGGGCUGAGAUUUCUUUUAAUGCAACAUUACUUCCUUUAAGAAAAUCUCACAAGUUAACCCUGUUUAGAGACACUUGGUCCCUGAACACACAGACACAUAUAAAUAAGAUCCUUGAAGACAUGGAGAUAGACAUCCUCACUUCCCGCCUGAACGCCCAAGGAGGAAAUGUGUGUUGUUCUCCGUCCAGCCCAUUUGGUUCCGCUUGCACUAACCUCCCCUCCCCACAUGGGGGCAGUGUUUCUCUCCCUGCCUAUAAGGAGGCCGGUAUAAACUGUUGGGAAGAAGUGACUUUUGCACAAAAACAGUUUAUUUUUAUUCUUAUGCAACAAAGAUCGGAUUUUCUUUGACUGCAAGCUGAAUGAAAGAAAGGAAGCAUCAUGUUCGUCUGUAUUUUUAUGUUUAUUUGUUAAAGUUUGACAGCAUGCAUGCUAUUUCGCUGCUUGUUUGUGUCAUUGGGAGGCGACCAGUACAGCCAGAUUUAUGCCACUGGUGGCCACUGAACAGCCCCACUAGAGCUUUUGGAGUAUAAGCUCAAAUGCUGCUUAAGAGUAAAUGAAAUAUUUCAUGUUUCCCAUCAAGAUUUUUUCUGACUGCCUAUCAUUUAGAAAAAAACUGGCAAUAGUCAAAUGGUAGGUCUAAUUUUAAACCUGCCAUCUCUGUAAGAUGUAAGAGAAUUCCAAGAUGUUUUUAAGUACAUAACCAGAAAAAUAUCUUAAAUACCUGAACAGUAUCAGAUAUUUACGGUUUGACUUUUAAAUGUCAUGAAAAGUGAAUGCACAGUAGAUAGACAAGCCACCCAGACCAUUUUUUAAUUAAAUCUGAAACAAUUUAAAGUGUUUUCACUUCCUAACAUGUAAUUGAAUAACAUAAAGUUGUCAUUAAUCAGACUGUGUUAAUUCAGCCAGUUUAAAGAAAUUAUUAGAAGAGAUUUUGAAUCAAUUUAAUUUAAGAUGGGGUAUUGGUACUUUGGCAACCAACGACUUUAAAUUAGCUGCUAAUCUUCAGUGGAUGAGUUAGAUUUCGGUUUCAGCUCUUAACUGUCGGUUUUGCUCAUGUGAAACAACUUGGCUUGAGUAGUGUCGGUGAUGUUGUCUUAUGUUGAUACUUCCAUCCCUGUUAUUUUAUGGAUUAUCCAAACUACCUACUGGAUUGGUGGACUUUUGGAUUUUUCAUCUACAAUACCUUAUCAGAGUAAUACUGAAAGCAAAGUAAGUACCCAUACUAAUGUUUAAAUCUGCUGUAUAAUGUUUGAAUGUCUUUUCAAAGUCUGAGCUUUGGAAGUGAAACAUGGAGUAGCAUUGUCUAAACUGUCACCACAUACCGCUCUGCACCUGUUGUUGUGCUUUCAUCACUAUUGGAAAAGAUCGUGUUAUUGGCUUCACUAACAGCUCAGAUUGCAUUCAGUGUAAAAUCUGCUCUCUGUCUCCUUGUCACUUGUCUUGACCUUGUCAGCAAAAGCUUGUGAAACCCGUUAAGGAAAAUCUCAAAGAGAGACGAGGAGCAUCAUUAAAACAAUUAUUUUAAAGUAGCCCCAGCUUGUGACUCUCGUGUCUUAAAUACACUCAGGUCACAGAUGUCAUCUUUCAUGAACAUGUGAAAUUGAGACUUGCAGACCAUUUU